AAGGCUCUUCAAUUUCUACUCAGUGGUCACGAGAUUUCAUCUCAAGAGGCUCUGUCUCUUGGUCUGCUAGACAGUCUUGUGCCUGGACCAGACGACGCUUCUACAGAGCAUAUGCAUUUGGCCUUUACUCUCAAGUGGAUAGAUAGUCUUAUAAAAGGUCGGUCUUCUAAGGUCAUCCGUGCUACUAAAGCACUGAUGUCCGAGCUAGAUCAGCACGCGCUUGAUCAGGCCCUUCUAGUGGAGCGCAAGAUUUUCUCCUCUCUAUGGGGUGGCCAAGAGCAUCGUGCUGCUCUAGCAGCCUUUCGUUCUCGCUCAAAGCGUAAGUCCUAA